AUGGGCUGGCUACAACUCAAUCGCCAAUACGCCACUCUCUCUUCCACCCACACCAACUCUACUCUGCAUAAAGAUCAUAGUCCGACACAUAUCGAGGGCAUCCACAUCGAGGACAUACAUAUCAACAACCCACAACCUCACCGCUAUCCACCAGUCGCGACAGAUUUGCCAGAUGCUUCACUGCCCUUUAUCCCAGCAUCCACAGUCCUCGAUGCAGAAUCAAGGAACCACAGACUCUGGCUCGUCAUCGACAACAUCAUCUACGACUCCACCGAUUUCGUCUCCGAACAUCCAGGCGGCAGCACAGUGAUGAACAGUUUCGUGGGCAAAGAUUGCUCGUGGCAGUUUUGGAGAUUUCACACCGAGGAGCACAUGAAAGUGUACGGGAGGGGACUGAGGGUGGGUAGGACAAAGGGUGUGAAGAAUCCAUUCAGAGAGCCGGCGAGGUAUGUCGGGUUGAGGAGGUUAGGGAAUGCGGAUGAGGGAUGGGAUUGA